UUUAAGAUCUUUGACAUAUUUGUCCUUGAAAUUCCCAGUAAAAGGGAAACCAUCAGUCCCAUAGUCCGAGGGGCCUUCCCGACUGUACAGGAAAUCACUGCUUCAUGCCUCAGUGCAGUGUUUUAGAGGGGAGGCUGCAAGGCUUGGGAAAGUGGCCCACAUUCAGAGUCAGACCUCAGGGGCUGUGAAUUCUGACUCCACUUAAUUGUGGUUGAAUCAUCUUGUCAACUUCCUUGAUGUGCCUUGAGUUUCUGUUUCUUCGUCUCUAAAUUUUGGAGGACCAGAUGCCAGAAAGUCGGGAGACUGAGGAGUAAAGAUGUGGAAAUCCCUGGCGAGAGCCUGGUACUGGGGACAGUUUUGUCCUUGGGAUGGACCUUGCUCCUGCCCUGUAGGCAGUGACGAGAGCAGCAUGUCCAGGCUUUCACUGAGGCAGGCGUGUCUGUCUUUUCUCAGAGUCUGAAGACGCAAAGACCUCAUGAAGUCUACGCUGAGGGAUGAGCGGCUGUUCAUGGAAGAGGAGCUUUCGGAGCAGCUCAGGCAAUAUGAAGUCCUGGUUUUCUCUCGGGAACGGGAGCUGACCCGGUUAAGCGUGAAGUUACGGGAAGGGAGAGAUGCCGCCCGCUCAUUGAUUCGGCAUCUCCAGGCCCUUCUAACUCCGGAUGAGCUGGACAUGUCCCAGGGGUGGGACCUCCGAGAACAGCUGGCUGAGGGAUGUAGGCGGGCGCAGCACCUCAUCCAAAAGCUCAGCCCAGGUAAGGUGGCCAUAGGUCCUGAUGACCCAAAACCCCAGGCUUAUGAGAGACUCCAGACCUCCAUACUUUCACAAUGACAGUUGUAGCGGUGGUGUUUUUUCCCACUAAACAUAUGUGGCCAUGACAUGACCAGGACUUCCUGGGUAAGAACAGAGAUGGGAAACCCAUGGGGUUGGAGGUCACAGUAUUGCAAAUGUCCCUCCAUCCUUGAUGGAAGGUGGUCUUUGGAGCAAGAAGCAGCAUGCUUAUAGUUUUAAAGGACAGGAAGGAGGCUGUGACAGGAGGGCACUUGUUAGAGUGAAAAGAGCUCUGGACUCAGAAGGCAGGUUCACAGGCUGUCUCUUUGGCAAUGUUCUUAGUAACUGUCGGUGAGUGAGUGAUUUAUCCUUCCUGAGUUUCUCUGUCUCCAUCUGCAAAGGCACGCAAAUGGUCUCUUGCAAGUGUCUGAAGCAUCCAAAUGUGGGAACACUUAAGACUGCCUUUCAAAAUGAGAUAAAGCCCCUUGCCGUGUGGUGCUGCAGAAGGCACUUGAUGUGGGGGCAUUUGGUGGUAGGAAGUGCUUCAGACUGGAGCCCUCCCCAUAGAGAGAAUGUCCCUGAAUAACACGGCAGAAGCCACAUGAAGGAGGGCCGGUGAA